GUCAGUCGGCUCUAGAGAUUGAUCUGUCCUUAAAUGUUAUAACGGGCCGACCGUAUCGUAGUAGCAAAAUAACUAUAAGCCGGACUGACAGCUGCGCGGACGGUUCAAAGUAUUCGUUGAUCUUUGACGCGGCCGAGUUUGCUUUGUACCGGAGGGGGGCAAAACGAGCCGGAAGUGAAUACGGAAAGAGCAGGUGCAUCCGCGGAUGAAAGUCUCAGGGUGAAAUUUAUCAGGAAGAAACAUUAACACAAGCAGGGCCAGCUCAGAGAAGAUUACGUUGUUUAAUGAGCUCUCAUCAGAAGUGAAUAGAGUGAUGAAUUUGCUCGGCACGUAAUAUCACGCGAGCUAACAACAAGUUCGAUAACGAUCUCGCGGCUAUUCAACCAAAAUAAAAACUCCACCUGCAGCGUGAGGAUGCCACGUGAGAAUAGGAGAAAAGAAAUGCCGACUGACUCAACUCUGGAGGCUUUUACACCUUAUACGGUCUGAAUUACUGAGAAAUGCAACAUGACAAGGAAGGCCAAAAAUACAGAACGAGAUCUCGCCAGCACCGGUUGGAUUUACAAAUGGAGUCCAGGGGAGAAUGCCAGAUCUCCAGGCACCUAUUUCCAUGAAUUGGACCAGGCAGCCUGGACCAACCCUGCUAUCUUUAAAUACCACGAAGAAUUUUUGCAGAAUAAUAGAGGAAAGCUGAGAAAUGCAAGCGGCAAGGGGAGCAUGGCCAACGUGAUUCCAUGGCUCAUGUCAAUGUCCCUGAUCGGAGCCCAGAACUUCGGGAACUUGCCGGGGCCCGAAACCGUUUCCCAAGACCUACUACCUCCACUGCAAAGCCCAGGGUACUACAGUGCUCCGAAUCACGUCAACACGGACGCUGUGUACCAAGUGCCAAGCCCCGCACUCAGAAGCAUCAUCAACGUCCAGACAGAGGAGUAUAGUACUGCGCACAAAUUCAUUCCGCCAGAAAACAACGGAUACAAUGACGAGUACAGCGGACCAGCCAUGGAGCAGAUUUACUCAUGGAGGACCGUCGAUUUCGAGUUCGACAGCGAGUUGUCGAGGCAGCGUGCUAUUGAUGCUGGUCACUACGAGCUGGAAAAUGCUCUGCCCCUGGGAAUUGAGGUAUGGAAGGAUAAAAUAUUCCUGACUCUACCAAGGUGGAAGAAAGGCAUACCUGCCACCCUCGCCACCGUUCCGCGAUAUUCAAGAGAGAAAAGCCCGAAACUGCGCCCGUACCCAAACUGGGCGUGGCACGACCCAGAAAAUUGCGCCGGGUUAACGUCUGUCUUCCGGGUUCAAGUGGACCAAUGCGAUCGACUGUGGGUCUUGGAUUCGGGGCAAACGGACAUCAUGUCGGAUCCGCAGCAAGUCUGUCCCCCUGAAUUAUUCAUUUUCGAUUUAAAGACCGACAGGCUACUGAAAAAGUACACUUUGCCGAAGAAGUACGUAAAGCAAGAUUCUCUGUAUUCGAAUCUCGCGGUAGACAUCCGCGCCGGGGAGUGCGAGCACGCGUUCGCCUAUCUCGCCGACGUUUGGCGAUUCGGAAUAGUCGUCUAUGACCUCUUCAAGGACAAAUCCUUCCGAAUCGAGCACCACUUUUUCUUCCCGGACCCGCUGUCAUCGAGAUACGAACUUCACGGUCUGCACUUUCAAUGGACCGACGGGAUCUUCGGGCUCUCCCUGAGUCCAGUCGACGUGAAUAACGACCGCACUCUCUUUUUUCAUCCAAUGUCAAGCUUCCGGGAAUUCGCGGUCUCGACGUCGGUGCUCAGAGAUGAGAAAACUGCGGAAGAUAAUCCGGAAAUGUUCAUCCCGAUCGGUAAGCCGAGAGCGAAGUAUUGCGGACACUCUUCAGGAUCUGCUAUGGAUAGGAACGGCGUGAUGUUCUUCAACAUGGUGACGAGGGACUCCAUCUGGUGCUGGGACUCCAGGAAGGAAUACAUACCACAGAAUUUGGGAGUCAUCGGGCAGAGCAACGUGUCCCUAGUAUUCCCAAAUGAUAUUAAAGUGGACCACGAACCGGAUCAGAGCAUGUGGGCGUUGUCGAACAAGCUUCCAAUGUACUUGUACGGGAAACUCGACCCCCAUGACAUCAACUACAGACUGUUUCGGGCGAACGUAAAAGAAGCUAUAAAAAAUACCAUCUGCGACCCCAACUACGUUGUACCGCCUUCGGAACACAGCUACGAUGAGACUUGCUGAGGAACCGGUUUCCUUUCCUGUUCUUUUAACAGGUACCAUUAAAAGAACAGUUGAAGACAAAAAUGAGUACUACACUUUUGUGAAUGCUAUGUUAUACCGAUCAGUUCAGAUGAUGGACUAGGUUCAACCAUUGGUGUGAUGUAUUUUAAAGAAUAUUCAUUCCACCGAAAGGAAUAAAACGAUAUACAUCAUUGCCUUGCACGAUUACCGUGCCCAUAAUGUACAUACUAUGUAAUUUUUUGUAAGCCAGCCAAUUGUUUUAUACGAAAUAUAUUAUAAAUAAAGUGA